AUGGGUGACGAACUUGGGCUUACAAGUACUGGUCUAACACCAACCCCAACAUACUCUACUUCAGCUGAAGGUUAUACAGACACCUCAACAAAUCCUAAUUCAGUUGGGGGUUCUACACCAAUAUCGACCGAUUCCGCUACAACUACAAGCCCAAUUUCCACUACAAGCCCAGUGCAGGAAUCCAGUGCCACUUCUACAUCUUCCGGACUCUUUGCCACAUCCAACGCUCUAUAUAAGGCCAGCGGUUCAGCAAAUGCAGCGUCAAGUACUCCUUCCGCGAGCCUCAAAACCUCAUCGAGUAGUCAUGGGUCAGGGAAAUUCAAUACUGGAACCCUCGCAGGUUCGAUAGUGGGUGCCUUUGUGGGCGGCUUUAUUUUGGCGGCAAUAGCGCUUUUCUUUUUUCGCCCUCGACGGAGAAGAUCUGACCAUUCAGAGGGGCCACCGGCUUCAGCACUUGAUACUUCAAACAUUCAGAAAGGACCAACACAAAGCGUGAUUAGGAAAAGUCCAGAACCUGUCAUUGCGGUACAAUCUCAAAAUCGAUUGUCCUCCUUUUCGCCCGGGAGUGAAACUUCGUUACUUGAUCUCUCACCGUUCAUCCCCAAUUCUGCCGAUGAUGGUGCUAUUUAUCUCCGAAUCCAGUCAUUCUUCGACCAAGCCAGUCUUCAUGUUGAUAACUAUUACUCCCGACCACGAUCACAAGUUUCAGUAGCACAAUAUGACGUCGCCAGUAUCAAUGAAUUUGAAUCAUCACUGUUGGGUGCCCCAAUCAUUACGUUGCUCGAAAAUACGCGAUCUCAAAGAGCCAUCAUCACGCAUCUACUUGUUCAUAAACUUGUGCAGACUUUCCAACCGGAAAAUCAAACGUGGUCUCUUCUUCCUGAGAAUUAUAGGAUAACAGUGAACCAGAACCAAAAGCUAGAUCAAAAUCAUCCUCGUGCGUUGUUCGCUUGGCGCAUGUUGACAUCUUAUUUCAAUUCUCAAAGUCACGGUUUCCGGCAAGAAUCUCCACCUGUUCCAGAUGAUGCGAUCACAAGAAUUGCAGAGCACUUCGUCCACGCUUUCGAACCUUACAGCGACCCUCAGUUUUCUGAGGAUGAGCGCAUGUCUCAUUUGAAGACUGUGGUUCGAACUGCAGCUGAAUUGGGCACCUGGCUCUUUUCGCAACCCUGCUCCUUCGAAUUUCGUUGGCAGAAUCCCGGUCUUCCUCAAAGUCAGAUAGUAGUGCUUCCAGCUGUCUUGAAAACUCUGAACGAGCAGGGAAAACCAUUGAUCGUUCCUCAAGUGAUUGUAGAAGAGAGUGUUUCCCAGGCAUGA